AUGGCUUCGAAUUGCUGGAAUAACCUGUUUCUGCCAACAACAUGCUUCACACCGCCGGCGCAUUUGCUGGGUAUGCCACGACCAAAUGUGCCAACAUCCAAAAAUCUACCGCGCUCUUCGCUAACCUCCUCUCCACCCACCAAGCUGGGUCUUGAGUCCCAUUCAAGCUGCGCUCUACGCGACAACGGGAUAUUCCAGCUACCAAUCCUCCCAGUCCCCGUACAUCGUUCAGCUAGCCACGAAUCUGAUCUGGAUGCCGCUGUUUUUGGGCUGCGCUGGUAUGUCGCGGCGGUGGUGGAUAUCGCGGUGCAGUUUGGGUUGGUGCUGGGGUUAGUAAGUAUCGCCGGAUUGAUGGGGUUGCGGCCUGGUUGUUGGAGUCGUAUUUAG